AAAGGCUUGAAAUUCCCAUCUCUUCAUCUCACCAAACCCUUCAUCGGCUUAUUCACAAUUCAAAAUGGGGCAUUGUACAGUUCAGCCUCUCACUCUCUCCAAGCUUACCAAUUCCUUCGCUUUUCACCAUAAACCUUCAUCUUCUCCAAAACCUGUACUCUUAUCUCGAUCAGUUUUCCUUAGAAAUGUAAGGGCAACAGCUUCUGAGGAAACAUCAAGUGGUGCAGGGAAGUUUUUCAAUGAGAAACGUGAUGGUGUUAUAACCUUAGAAGCUGAUAAGAAUGGAUACAAUGAAACUGUGGGGAAUGAAGACCCUGAGAAAGAGUUGCUUUCUGAUGGAGACGGCCUGCCGUUGGAUUUGCUGGAUAAGCUGGAUUUAAAGUUUGAUGUAAAUGACACCACUUCUCUUGCUGUGUAUGGUGGUGGUGCUAUAGUGGCCCUGUGGCUAACCUCAGCCAUCGUUGGUGCUAUUGAUGCUAUCCCAGUGAUUCCCAAAUUGUUCGAAGUUGUAGGGCUUGGAUACUCAUUAUGGUUCACUUACCGAUAUUUGCUUUUCAAGAGAAACAGAGAUGAGCUAUCAGAUAAAAUAGAGGAACUCAAGCAACAAGUUCUUGGUUCAGAAGAUAAUUAGUUGUUAUGAAAAGAUGAACUUCAUGAAAUGUAGUUUUGGUCACACUGCUUAAAAAGUAUGAAUGAAUGUACAGUUACUUUUGGUUUAGUUAAUGGAAUUUGUUGAUUUGCUUCCAUCCCUCACAGACACAGUUCCCUAUCUUGAUGAAAUGUAAAACUUGAAAAAUCCAAUGUUAUAGUUUCAGAACAAUGUUUUUUCCAUUUCAAUUGUGUA